AUGGUCAAGUGUGACAUGGGAAGGAGAGGAUGGAAGGGACCCAACUGCAUCGGAUGCAGACAGAAGUGGCAGCUGGGCAUGGCUAGCUCCGUCACUGAACACCGGAGAGAAGAGGCUCAGCAAACCGAGGUCCUGGUCAGCGGCUUCUUGAUCUGCAGCACCCUGGUCAGCGACGCCUUGGUCCACAGCACCCCAGGCAGCGGUAUCUCCGUCUGCGGCGUCCCCGUCAGCGGCGUCCCCGUCAGCGGCGUCCCCGUCAGCGGCGUCCCCGUCAGCGGCGUCCCCGUCAGCGGCGUCCCCGUCAGCGGCGUCCCCGUCAGCGGCGCCCCCGUCAGCGGCGUCCCCGUCAGCGGCGCCCCCGUCAGCGGCGUCCUCAUACACGGCUGGAGGCUGGACCUCGGAAGCUCCAGCCGCUCACGCAUUUGCUAUACAUAUUCUGGGGUUGAAAGUGCACGGUCAGAGUCAGGGGGCAAGCCAGCUACAAGAUCCACGGGUUCAUUGAUCUCGCAUCCAAACAUCAUAAAGUUCGGUGUGAAUCCUGUCGAACUGUGCUUGGUUGAUCUGUAG